UGCCGGGCGCUGCUGCGGGACUACGCGGAGGCGGCGCGGGACGCGGCUCUCGGCGCCCGGCGGCGCCCGUGGCGGGCGGCGGGGGUGGCGGCGGCCCUGGGGGGGGUCCUGGCCUGCGCGGCGGCCGUGCCGGCCCCCGAAUCCUUCGAGGCGGCCUUGCUGGAGGCCUCGGGGGCCCUGCUGCUGCUCUCGCCCCCCACCCGCAGCCCCCAGGCCGAGCGGCACGUGGGGCGGCUGCUGCGGCGGCGCGACCGCGGGCAGCUGCGGUACCGGGGGCUGGGGGUGGCCGCCGUGGUGUACGAGGCGCCCUACGACGAGGCGGCCGCGCUCUACCGGGCGCGCUGCCCUCACCUGCGCCCGCCCUGGCUGCCCGGCCGCCUGCUCGAUGUCGGCUUCUGGGGCCGCUGGUGGGUGCUGGCGGCGAGGACGCGCGACUGCGACGUCAACGAGGAGGAGUUCGGGAGCCUUCCUCCCCACCUGAGGCGCAUGGAGGCCCGGCAGCUGCGCUCCGAGGAGAACGAGAGGCUGUUCCUGCAGAAAUUCCUCCCCGUCACGAUGCCGGACGGAGAGCGCGGCGGCGAGACGUGACGGCGGGACAAUAAAGGCGCGCGUCCCGGCA